GAUCCAAAAUUUCACGUGCGCAAAAAUCAUACAGAUUACUUCGCUUAAACGAUUUUUUUUUGCUAAUUUAAGCUCUUUUGAGUGAGCACUUAAAGCUAAAUAAAUACUUAAGUUAAUAGUAAAUUUGCGAAUAGCUAUUUUAGUAAUAAAAGAAAAGCCUUCAAGUAAAUAAACAACAUCAAUUUCAUAAUUCAAAAAGGUGCUGAAUUAUCAUCAAGUGAUAAAUAUGCCAGUAGACGAUCUUCAAGGUUACUCAUUGUCUCAACAUAGUUCGGGAUCAUCUGGAUUAUUAUCAGCGGAAGCAAGAGAAUUUAUUCCAAAGGAACGUCAAAUAGAAAGUUUCAAUGCUAAUGGAUCAAGUUCAGAUAUAAAUAAUGAAAGAAUCUUAAGGGAAAAACAAACAGGAGCAGUUCCUAAAUCAUCAUCAACAUUUUAUAAGAAUAACAACCAAAAUAAUAAAAGAAAACCUCCACGAUUUAAUAGACAUCAAAAUUUUGAUAGAUAUCCAAAAGAAGAAUCAAAAUUUAGCGAAAAUAGAAAAUUUUACAAAGACAAUUAUGAUCAACAGAAUAAAAAUUCCCGACAUUAUCGCCAAUCGGAUAAUUGGAGAAGUCAAGGAGAUAAUUGGAACAACGAACACUAUCACGAUCAUCAUCACAAGACCAAUGGUGCUAAAAUAGGUCAGAAGAAACCAAACUCUUCAAAUAAUAAUAAAAUUAAGAAGCAGAAGUCAAUUGAACCAUCAAAGAUUUCACAACGUGAACAAAUUAUAAAAGAUAUUGAAAGUAACAACUUGGAGUGUAUGAUUUGUUGUGAUAAGAUAAAAGAUUAUCAAUCAACAUGGAAUUGCUCAAAUUGUUAUCACAUUCAACAUUUAAGUUGUAUAAAGACUUGGAUAUCAAAUUCUAAGACUGAAUCUGGUGAAUGGCGCUGUGUUGCUUGUCAAUAUCUUCGUUUAGAAACUCCGAAGGAUUAUUUCUGUUUUUGUGGUAAGCAAAAAUAUCCAACUGUUAAUCGUAACGAUCUUGCUCAUAGUUGUGGUGAUCAAUGUGGACGAACCGAUAAUUGUCAACAUCCUUGCACACUUAGAUGUCAUCCAGGACCUCAUAAUAUAUGUCAAUCGUUUGUCGAACGAUCAUGUGGAUGUGGAAAAUUAAAGAAAACUUUUCAAUGUUCAAUGAAAGAAGUUUUCGAAUGCGAUGACAUAUGCGAGAAAAUUCUCAACUGUGGAGUUCACAAAUGUAAAGAUAAUUGCCAUCAGGGACCAUGUAGUCCAUGUACGAAGGAUAUUGAAAUGAUUUGUUAUUGCGAGAAAGACAAAAAAUUAGAAAAAUGUGCACCAGAAAAUGUUCUCGUCACAAAAUAUUCGUGCGGUAAAGUUUGUGAUCUCCAACUUGAAUGCAAAGUUCAUCGUUGUAACUUAAUUUGCCAUUCGGAGAAGUGUAGUGAUUGCUUAUUAGCACCGGAAUUUAUUAAGACAUGUCCAUGUGGAAAAACAAUCAUUGAAGCUGGUAAAAGAAAAUCUUGUUCCGAUCCAAUUCCAUUAUGUAAAUCACAAUGUAUGAAACGACUCAAAUGUGGUCCAUUAGCAUCACCUCACACUUGCAUAAAGCCUUGUCAUCUCAACGAAUGUCCACCAUGUAAUAAAACAUCGAAUGUCAAAUGUCGUUGUGGACGAAUCGAAGAGAAGAUCGCAUGUAAGGAACUGAUCAACACUGACGUGAGAUGUAAAAAGAAAUGCACGAAAUUUAAAAAUUGUGGUAAGCAUAAAUGCAAUCAGAAUUGUUGCAUUGAAAUUGAACAUAUUUGUUCACAACAAUGUGGAAGAAUGUUGGAAUGUAAGAAGCAUCGUUGCACAAAGCCUUGUCACAUUGGAAAUUGUUCACCAUGUCCGAGAGUUUCGUUCGAUGAGUUGAGGUGCGAGUGCGGUGAAGUUGUUGUUUAUCCGCCAGUGUCUUGUGGUGUUAAAGUUCCUGAAUGCACAAAACCUUGCACACGUCGUCAUAAGUGCACACAUCCAGUUAAACAUCAUUGUCACACUGAGACUGAUUGUCCACCUUGUGUCUUUCUUACAACGAAAUAUUGCUAUGGAAAACAUGAACAACGAAAGACGAUUCCAUGUAAUCAAGAGUCAUUCAGCUGUGGUAUGCCAUGCGGAAAAGACUUAAAAUGUAAUCGUCACAAAUGCGAUAGGAAAUGUCAUGAAAAUGCUUGCGAGAAGUUCACAGACAUUUGCAAACAGUUAUGCACAACGAAACGAACGGAAUGUGAUCAUUCGUGUAACGCUCCAUGUCACGAAGGAAAAUGCCCUGAGAAAGCUUGUAAAGUUUUAGUUGAAGUGACAUGUUCGUGUGGAAAUUUAAAAGAAAUGAAAAGCUGUGAACAAGUCGCUUAUGAGAAUCGUAAAAUUCAUCGAGUGAAUUUAGCGAUGCAAAUGCAACAAAAUGGUGAAGGAAUUGACAUGAAAGAUAUUUUCAAUGAUGGAAAUAAAAAAACGUUAAAGAUCCUUGAAUGUAACAAUGAUUGUGCGACACUUGAAAGAAAUCGUCGUUUGGAUAUUGCAUUUAAGGUUGAGAAUCCAAAUCUGAUAAAUUAUCCAAAAUUUAUUCCCAACUACACUGACUUCAUUCGUUUAUUCUACAAGAAAGAACCGGCAUUUGUUAACAUGGUGCAUGAGAAACUCACAGACUUGGUGAAGUUGGCAAAAGAAAGUAAACAAAAGUCACGAUCGCAUUCAUUUCCAGUUAUGAAUCGUGACAAGCGUCACGUAGUUCAUGACUUGGCUGCGAUGUUUGGUGUUGAAACGCAAGCUUUCGAUGCUGAACCAAACCGAAAUGUUAUUGCAACAGCAGCAAAAGAAUCGUCAUGGCUUCCAAGUAUGAGCAUCGCUGAAGUCAUUCAAAGGGAAACUGGAAUACGACAAGUUCGUCCACCAACAAACCAAUCGUGGAAGUAACGAAAAACUUUUAUUUGUUAAUGAAUAUCAAAAAAUGAAUAAAAUAAUAAAAUUGGGUUCUGGAAUCGAAUUUAAU